AUGCCCUCGAAGAUUCUUCUGAUCCUCGGAGCUUUGGUGCUCCAGUCGGCCACCCAAGUGUACCCGAUGACGGAUAUCUAUGGAUUCUAUGGAUAUUUUACCGAACCUCCGCAUGCGAAGCAACGUGCCUGUGCACUGAAAGUCUGGCACCGACUCGAGCAGCUUUGCGGAACAUGUGACCCCGGUUCCGGUUAGUUUUAAAGGCUCAAUGAUACUUUUGAAUAGAUGAUCACUUAAAUUUCAGACAUGCUCGUUAGAAAGUGUUCAGAGGACAUUUCCGACGUCGAGAUCAUUGAAACUUGCUGUCCGCAUCGUGUGAACAUUGAAUCUUCAACGUCCAAUGGGACCACGGAACCCGAAAAACCCGCCAUCACUACCGAUGGACACUGA